AUGAUCAUUCCUUUGCCAUUAGCAGCGACUCCGCCAACCUUGAGACCACCGCUCGCUCCGUCACCGCCAUGGUUAGCAACAGCCGCCUCCUCCGUCCACCACAUAGGCACGGCAGCGCCCUCCUCACCUCUACACCGACCCACCAUCCACCACUACACCAUCCACCGCCAUACCAAACUGCCGCCCACCUCUCACCACCCGCCGCCACCCACCAUCACACCAGCCCGUCACCAAGCGCCACAUCAACCCACCAACACUACCACCCACCGCUAUACCAUCCCCAUCCACACCCCAACCCCGAACCCCACCGCCACAUUCCUUACUGCUUCACACUCGCAGACACGAUCACCACCAUUUUCACAAUUCAUGGUCAGCUUUCACCGGUAUGCCGCUGCCUCUGCGAUGCUGGAACAUUCCCAGCCUCCAGCCUGCAGCAGCUUUCUGUCCAAAAAUAGCUCGUAG